CGUGUCAUCAUCCCCCGCGACCUGUCGACCGCCACCACCCUCGCCCGCCAGGAUGCUGCCCCGCGCGCUGCUCUCUCCCCGCACGUCCCUCCGCUCCCUCGCCGGCGCCGCCCGCCCGCUCUCGUCUGGCUCUGUCUUUGGCGAUGCGUGCCCGCUCACGCUCACCCCCGCCCAGCUGCGCGGCCUCGAUCCCCGAUCCGUCUCCGUCCUCGACGCGUCCUGGCACAUGCCCAGCUCGCCCCGCAACCCCCGCCAGGAGUGGCUCCAGAUGCGCAUCCCCGGCGCACAGCUCCUCGAUCUUGACGAGGUCGCAAGCCAGCACGCUCUCGGGCUCAAGCACAUGAUGCCGUCCCCAGAUGUCUUCGCUAAAGCCUGUGAAAACUAUGGCAUCACGCCCGAGUCGCACGUCGUCAUGUACGACACCCACGGCGUAUUCUCGUCCCCGCGCGCCCUCUACAUGUUCCGCGCCUUCGGCCACCACCGCUCCUCCAUUCUCGACGGUGGUCUCCCCGCCUGGAUCGCCUACGGCUCCCCGACCAACAACGGCGACCCAGAACCGGUGCCCACCACCACCUACCCCGUCCCCAAGCUCGACGAUCGCGUCGUGAGAAGCUACGAACAGAUCGUCGCAAACUCCGCGCUCGACCCGUCGCGCGACAGCCUCGCCGACAUCGUCCUCGACGCCCGCUCCAAAGACCGCUACCUCGGCACCGCGCCCGAACCCCGCGCCGGCCUCUCCAGCGGGCACAUCCCCCACUCCCUCUCCCUCCCCUUCGCCUCCCUCCUCAACACCGUCCCCGCGCCCACGCCCGCCCCGCGCACCUCCCUCCCCGUGCCCCCCGCCCAAACCGCCCCCGCGCUCUCCGCGCACCCGCCCCAGCUCGACUCCCCCAGCGCCCGCACGCCGGAGCUCGAGCCGCCCACGGGCGCGUUCCCCUGGGCGCUCCCGGAGCAGUACACGACCCUCAAGACGAGCACGCAGAUCCUGGGCGUGCUCGAGGCGGCGCUGGGCAGGGAGCGCCUCGAGGAGGUGCUGGAGGGCCGCAGGGGCGUGGUGGCGAGCUGUGGGAGCGGGAUGACGGCGGGCGUGGUGUGGCUGGCGCUGCAGAUGGUGGGGGCGAAGGGGGCCCCGGCGAUCUAUGAUGAGAGCUGGACGGGGUACGCGAUGCGUCCGGAGAGCAAGAUCGAGAAGGCGGAGUGAGCGUUCGGUCGUGAAGGGCCUGCACCGUUGCUUUGAGGAGAGACUACAUGCAUUGAGUCCGCUCAAAGCCAGAUGGAUUCGCCGGCGCGCCCGGUCAUGUCUCGCCCCAUGUUACAUGCCUGUCUGUCGGCUAUCUAACUUUGUCCUUGAAUCGAGUUUGCAUUGUACCGACUUGUGGAUUUUGUACUACAUUGGCUCAGUAGACUUUGGUGUGCCACGGUAAGGCUGUAUACCAAUCCUCGCUCCACACAACGCUGUCUUGGUUGAAAGUGAUC